UUUCAAACUAGCCGUUGAGCUCAGCUUCCUUAGUUACCCUUCUCAAACUGUCUCUUCCAAUGACAUCCUCUUUUGACACACCUUCUCUGCUCCAUCUCCUCCCAAACCAGGAGGGCACUGUCGUUAUGGCUUCUUCUUCUCCUCCUCAGUUCAGCCCUUCCUCUGAUAAACGAUUCUGGAGCACUCUGAGGAGCAGAGUCGACGCGCUUCUCGAUGCUCGUCAACCCAGAACCUCAUCUCACUCCCCGAAGAAUGUAGAAGAAAAAAACCAGUUGAAGGAAGAUUCUAUGUUGCUGAUGAGAGGAUUUGACUCUGUUGCCAACACUCUUUCUAUGUUAUCUAAUAAUUUGGAUAAUGCUCUUCAGGGUGCUAGAGAAUUGGGGAAUCCACCCACGUUAACUGACAUAUUUCACAGCAAAAAUGAUAAGGUGGAAAACAAGGAGGAUUCCGGAGAGAAACAGAAGAAAGAGGAGUCAAAACAAGGAAUGAAAAGGAAACUUGACCAUGUUGAUUACUGCGAAGAAAGUGCCGUUGAGUCACAAAAGGAGAACGGGAAAAAAGCAGUGGAUAGAAACAUCAAGAAAGCAAAAAAUCUUGCCGUUUCAAUGGCAACGAAAGCAGCUUCACUAGCAAGAGAAUUGAAGUCCAUUAAAUCAGAUUUGUCUUUUAUGCAAGAAAGGUGUGGUUUGCUUGAAGAGGAGAACAGGAGACUGCGUGAUGGAUUUGCAAAAGGAGUUAGACCUGAAGAAGAUGAUCUGGUGAGGCUUCAGCUGGAAGCACUUCUUGCUGAGAAGUCGAGACUGGCCAAUGAAAAUGCAAAUUUAGUGAGAGAAAAUCAAUGCCUUCAUCAGCUUGUGGAGUAUCACCAACUUGCCUCUCAAGAUCUCUCUGAGUCAGAUGAGGAUUCUGCUAUUCAGGGAACGUACUUAGACUUCUCUUCUCCCCCACCAACAAUUCCUGAAGAGGCAGGGGAUGAAGAAGGUGAUGUUGAUGAUGAUGAAAAUGGAGAACCACACACACCCACAAACGAUAUCCACAAAUUUUCUGCUUCACUUGAUGAUGCUGCAAAAUAUUAGGAAGCAUCAUAACACUCCUUAUAAUGAUGCUGCAAAAUAUUCCCUGUAUUUCUGCCAAAAUUAAAUUCCUUUUUCUGAUCAUAAAAAACAAUUAUUAAUAAUGCGAUAAUAGCUCUUGAAAUAGAACAAUUAUUAAUCCAAGUUAUUGCUAAAUAUAACUACUUAUUAUAUAAAUAUAUAAUUCUUUCUUGGA